AACAACAGCCUUCAAAGACCCAAACGCAUGCAAAGGUGUCUUGUACCGCAUGGUUAGUGCUCGUAGCAGGCACCAAUGUGACUGUGCCGUGGUAUUCAUAUGCUUUCUAUAUACGUUUUGGGGGCUGGCGACAUGUCGACCUCCACUUCCCAUUAGAUCCGCUGAUGCAAGAGAAGAACGUAUUGAGUAUUGAACACAGCGUAUGGAACUUAAUUGUAGAAGCAUAUAAACAUGGUAGUACCCGGUGUUUUAGACUCGUAGUGUAUGUACAGUGUUUUUGUUCACCGUACAUCAAUUGGGGACGUCUUACACACGAUGAGAUACUCACAGAAGUUUAAAGGUGAUAGGAUCACGGAACACGACCUGGAGCCGAUCUCGAUGGAUAAUAUCGUUGUUGAAAUACCAACACCUAGCCCAUAUAUACAGUCAUUAGACGACCUCCCUAUCAGAGUAAAGACAAGGUACAGCAGGGGUAAGCGUGACGCAAGAAGAAGGGUUGUAAGCACACCUGUGUUUGAUGUUGUCACUGGACCACCUUAUGGCUUGGAACAACCACCAGCUUUGCAGGACAGCUUCCCUGUCUACCCUUCAUCCAGAUCAGGUGCCUCAUUGACAUAUCACAAACGACCGCCACUGACUGGGAAAAACAUUCAGAGCAGUGGAAACCAGUUUACCACUACCUCAGGUAAAAGACAUGUUUCAAUGCCGGUGACACCCGUUUCGCACACUAAACGGUCAUCAUCACCUUUGAAACAGGAAAUCGGUGACGGCCUUUCGAAGGAUGUACUAGCUUCACAGAGCUCUUCUAACAUUUCAGAUCUAUCGUGCUCGCAGAUCAUACAAUUUUACAAGGACAAUUCUCCUUUCCAACCACUUGAACCGGAACAGUCACCUGAAGAAUAUUACACGGCACUUGAAGAUAGCACUUCACCAUCCGAAACCUCAUCGGACGACUUUUCCAUAGUGGAGGAGAACUUUGACUCUUCCCUGGAUCCAUGGAGAGAGUGUCCUAAGCCAUUACAGACAUCUAGCAUACUGGCAGUGCCGGAGGAACAACCGGAAACCAAGCCAUACUACAGAACACCGCCAACACGGCCACUCAAUGGCUUUUCCCCAGUUCAUCACAAACGUCCAAGCUCGAUGUGGAUAUCAUGAUAUCUAUUCAGAUGCAAAUAUGAACCACAAACCAUACCACU